UUAAACGACCUAAACACACGACGAAGGCAUUCUGGAGAACGUAUCGAAAGUCUGGAAGAAAAUAGAACUGCUGCUGCGAUGGAACCAAAACCGAUCGACCUGUACGAGUUCCUGGUGGAAUCGGAACUGCAGCACUACUACAACUCGCUCAAGAACGAUCUCAAAAUCACCACCAUCGCCCACCUGAAGUAUGCCACCGACGAGGACCUACGGCAGGUGUGCGGCCUGUCCCGGCCGGAGAUCCGCCGGUUACGAAAGUACUACGAAAAGUACUACCCGCACGGUUAUCUGAACAAAAUCAAACGACUGCUGCAGACACCGAAAAAGGACGACGGAGGGGUGAGCAGUCCCACGUCCAGUGUGGAACCGCUGAAAACAUGUCCCUCGCCGAGCAAGAUCCCCAACAACAAGCACAUCAUCCCGGCCGAUGCCAUCACGGUGAACAAGCAGCUGGGUACCGGGGAGUUCGGCAUCGUCCAGCAGGGCGUCUGGACCAAUGGGACCGAGCGGAUCCAGGUGGCCAUCAAGUGCCUCUGCCGGGAACGGAUGCAAUCCAAUCCGAUGGAGUUUCUCAAGGAGGCAGCCAUUAUGCACUCGAUCGAGCAUGAAAACAUUGUGAGGUUAUACGGAGUGGUGCUGGAUACGGAAUCGUUGAUGCUGGUGACUGAGUUGGCUCAUCUGCGGUCUUUGCUGGAAUGCUUGAAAGACCCCGGAUUGAGGGUCAGUUUCCUAACGGUUCCUACUCUGUGCGAGUUUGCCGCCCAAAUUUGCAACGGCAUGAUGUAUCUGGAGAACAAACGACUGAUUCAUAGGGAUUUGGCAGCUCGGAACAUCCUAGUGUUUAGCAAGAACAAGGUGAAAAUCUCAGAUUUCGGGCUAUCGCGAGCGCUCGGAGUCGGUAAGGACUAUUACCAGACGAAUUUCAACGUCAAUCUCAAGCUUCCAAUUGCAUGGUGCGCUCCGGAGUGCAUAAACUUCCUUCGCUUUACAAAUGCCUCGGACGUGUGGGCGUACGGUGUGUGCCUAUGGGAGAUUUUUUCGUACGGCUUCCAACCUUGGGCAGCCCUGACCGGUCAUCAGAUCCUCGAAGCAAUAGACGAACCAAACUACCAACGACUGGAGAAACCCGAGUGCUGCCCGAAGGAGUACUACUCGCUCAUGUUGAAGUGCUGGCAGCAUGAUGCCCUGAAGCGACCGAAAUUCACUGACAUCUACCAGCUGCUUCCGGACAUGAAACCGGAACAGCUGAAAACGAUCGUUUCCUUCAGUGAACCGAAGAAGGAUCACCUGCUGUACCGGCAAGGGGAGAUCAUAACCGUACUAGACAAGAGUAGCAAUUCACCCUACUGGAAAGGGGUGCUGAAUUCGGGCAAAACCGGUCUGUUCAAUCCGGCCAACACGGUUGCCUAUCUGGAUAGUCUGCCGUCGUCGAUCAAUCGGGAUAACUUCAGCCGGACGUCGGAACGGACCAGCAAACGGAAAAUCCGGACGGAUAUGAUAUCGCGUCCACAGAACGAUCUGAAGCACACGGGACACGUGGGAAUCGAUGGGGCGUACUUUGGUGACGUGGCGUUUCUGGCCAGUCCGCAGAAUCUCCCCCGUCAGAUAGUGACCCCUUACAAACCGUCGGAAGAUCUGGAACAAACCCCGCUGCUGCUACCGCCUACACCAACCAGCCCGGAUUCGAUUCAAACCGCCAGCGGGUACUUCUCCGAAACCUUGCAAACCGGCCAUCAGAACUUUGUGAAUGCAGGUGAAGGCCACGACCGUUCAACCGUCGACAGUGGCCUUGCCAGUGCGUUCGAUUUCCGAAACAGUGGCUUCAAGGACAGCAACCCGUUCAUCAACGUGGACCUCAAUGGAGACCCUAGCUCGCACAAUCACGCUAAGGAAGCAAAAUCCUCCGACAAUCAGGACCCGCACGAGUACCACGAAAUCUCAGACGAUGACAUCGUCACGGAGAAGGUAUUCGACCAGGGUACCUCGCUGCUGGACGAGAUGGAAUACAUGUUCAAGUCGAUGGCGACGGCCACCGAGCAGCAACAGCAUCAUCAACAGCCACCGCCCCUCUCGCCGGACGUGGAAAACACCAACAAGCGGAACGAACUGGCCGAGCUGUCUUCCAAACUGAAUCGCAAAAACAGUUCCAGCUCCGGAACGGUCAGCAACAAGAGCGGAAGCAAAUCGAAAAAGAAAACCAGCACCGUGAAGCCGAUCUCCGUCAAGGACGAAAAGCUACUGAAUCAAGCCAUCGAAAUUGCCAAUGAAAUCAGUGCAAAAUCAAUGACCGAUCUGGUGUCGGACUCGAGCCAGCAGACGUCCAGCCCGAAGCGUAAGUUUAGCUUCCGCUUUCCGCACAUCCACGGUGUGGUCGGCGGUGGUAGCGGUGGAAGCGGAGGCAGCGGCGGCAGUAGCCAUCAUCACUCGUCCGGAUCGGGAUCGAUUAUGGGCAUCGGAGGUGGUGGCAGUGGUGGUGGUGGUGGCGGCGGCGGAGGAGGCGGAGGAGGUUCUGCCGGUGGUAGCCGAGGGGGCAGUGGCUCCGACAAGGACCAUCUGGCGUCGUCCUCGUCGUCCGGACAUCAUCACCUGUCCGGUACGCUGUCGUCCAGUGCGUACCGUGAGAAGCGAAACUUUUCCGAGGAGGUCAAGAAUGUGCCUGAUUUGCACCGCUACCGCUCGCUAACCGGUAUCGAAAGCUACCGAAGCAACGACAUCCGGAUCCCGCUCUUCGACAAGGAAUCGUCGGAUUUCUGCUUCGAAAAGAGCCGGGAACUGCUGAGCAAACCGUUCAAUUUGGACAUAUCGACUGCGACACUGGAUGGUCGUCAUUUUGAUAAGCGAACACGGGACUUGAUCGGUGAAAAUUUGAUGGACAUCGAGAAGACGUUGAACGCGUUGAACCUGGAUUUUUUGCAGACGUACCAGGAGCUGGAGAAGGCGGACUCGGCGGAGACGUUGUUUGGGGAAAGUUACGGCAGUGGUAUUCCCUACAGGAAAAGUCCUCCGUCGAGUUCCCUGAUGAGGGGAUCUUCGUUGGAAAGUGGCACCAAGAUCAAUUCCGUUCUCAGUGAAAAGGGGGGUGGGGGAAGUGGUGGCUCAUCGGUAACUGGGAAGAGUCCACCGACGAAAAAGCAAUACGAGAUGAAUUUAUUUUCCGAGCUGAACGGCAGUGGAGGUAGUGUCCGCUCGCCGAAAGGGAUCCCCAUAAGGGAUUUCAAAUUCCGUCAGACGAUCGACCCCCGGUGUAAGGAUCGAUCGGAUUACUACAAUUUGAAGAAUGAAUACUUGUCGGAUUUGACGAGGAAACAGCAAAGUCAAGUGCUGUCCUCGUCUCCGGUCAAAAAGACUGCAAACUCGAGCAAUCAAUCGAUCAAUCAGUUGUAUCAGAUUUACAAUACCCCGCUGCAGGGAAGGAAGUUUGACGAUCCUAGUUCAGUAGUUAGUACCGGGACGUGUCAGAAUCGUCAACGAUCGUUAUCGUUUACCGAAAACUACGAGCUGAAGUCGCCCGCCUCGAUCGAAGCUCAACUGCUAACCAUCUGCAAACCGAAGCCGAUUCAGCAGCAGCAAAGUCAACCCAAACCUGCUCCGCGAAAAGUGAUAACCUACAAGCCGAAAAGUAUUCGCGCCAGAAAUCUACGUAGACUUAGCUAUAAUCCGAUCAGUAUGAUCGACAGUUCGUCUUCCAGUAGCGAAAGUGAACUCGAUCGGAACCACGCCCAGUCCGAGUGUGACAUCCGAUCAAAACUAAACUCCCGACGACGGCGUCAGUACAUGCAGCGGCGUUCGAACAGUAACAGUGCCAGUAGUCAGGACAAACUGUACGGAUCGAACGCCAGCAUCAAGAGCGCUCCCCAGUAUAACUACAACAGCGAUCGACAGUACUACAACUACCCAUACAACUACACAGACUACGCCGACAACGACGACGAAGACAACAUCUACGAUUUUGGUCGAACAGCUCCGCCUCCACCACCCCCGGCCAAGUACGCCAACGAUCCUCUUCCGACGACUUACUCCAACAAAACCCUGGAACGGGAGUAUCUGUUCUCGGAGUUUGACGUAUCCAAGCUGACCGGCAAGAGCCCAACCACCCAGAGCUACUUCGCCGCCCAGCAACAAGGGCCGCCACAACAGCAGCCACCUCAAAAGCAACCAUCUGUCGUAAGUGGCCCUCUGCCUGCGCAGAUUCCCGGUUCGGUGGUGGCGGUUGCGCCACCAACCACAAUCAAACCUCAACCGCAACCCGGAUUUCAGUGGCCGGAGAAGAUCCACGGUGCCGUUGUUAAGCACAACGAUAUGCUGUGGCGGCAGAAACAGCUCUUUGGCGGUUCGGUCGGCUCGGGACUGGUGGCACCUGGUGGCACUGGGAGUGGUGGUGGCGGUAGUACCGUAGGAGCGGGAAAAGAAAACCGAUACUCUAGCGAAACGUCUUCCACGGAGACGGAUUCGGUUGAUUUUCGGCGUGAGUUUGUACCGAUGAUGCCGCCCAGUCCGGCACCGUGAGGCAGCCGGAAGCAGGGCGGCGAGGUUAGGAUCGUUUGAUAGGAAUGCGGUUUGCGGUUAUUGAGUUAGGGUGCGAGGUUACAAUGGAAGUAGCUGUUUUAUUUUGAUUUUGGUUACUUAGAAAUUCCACGUCCGUCCAAGCGUACUGAUCUUUUGGUGCACCUUUUAAUGUUCUUUGCUGUGUAGUUAAUUAAUAAUCGUAUUUAUAGAGUUCUUUUUCUGUUCAUAUUUUGAGUGCAGCGUUUGGAGGUUAUUUCAGUAAAUUUACAAGUAAUUUUGCACUGAUCACUUUUUCCUUAUUCCAUGAUUAUGAACAAAUGUUCAAUACAAAUUCAGAAUUGUGCAUAAGCUUCCAUAAAAUCCUCAAACUUUACGUGAAAGUCUCGGGAUGGAAAUACAAAUAAAAUAAUUAGAAGUGCACAGGAUUUUACUGGAAAAGCCACGAAAUGUCUUGUUCCCUGGAAAGCUCCUCGUGAUGUUUUCAGUUCCACGCCA